CUUUUCUAUUUCUAAUCUAUCUACAAAUAAUUAUAUUACUAUUUCUUUUUUUUUAUAGUAAGUAAGUUCUCCACAGGUUAUUCACUGAAUCACUGUUACCUUACUGUCAAUUCACUGUCAAUUUACUAUCAAUUCACUGUUACUUCACUCUCUUCUUAUAUAUAUUACAUCUUUCUCUCUUCUCAUUCUCUCACUCUUUCUCUUCUCUACAUCACUCUCUUAAGUUGUUUCUGUCACUUCCUCCCUCCCUCUCUCUCAAUCUUUUACUAUCUCUCUCCUUUACACUUCUUCUUCACAACUAGACCGUCAUGGAGAAGGCUACCAGCAUCAAAAUGGCAGAAACGCCCGAAACGCCCGAAGAAACAGUCAUCCAUUGGUCGAGAGGUAACAAACACAGCUUAGAACCCUCCUCUGCAAGCAACAAUACAGCAGAGGUGACAGCGGCACAGGAGCUGGCCAAGAAAGGCAAAAGGGGACUGCUGGAGUUACUGAAACUCAAUUCCGAAGACGACUGGAGGGAGUGGAAUGGCUCCCCGAGCGAAACCUCCUCGAGACACUACCGAUCCUCCCCCGAAUCAGAAAAGGAUAAGAGAGAGAUCAAGUUUAAAGAUAUCCCUCGCUUUGCCCUGAACUUCAACCUCCAAAAACAUCAAGAAUGGAUCACCGAUUUGGAAUAUAUAUUCAGAGGCGCACCCAAGAAAUAUUCAUCAGAGGAACGCAAGAUCCUCGCUGCUAUCAGCUAUAUGGACCCAGCAUAUAGACAGAGAUGGUACCGUUUUGUGGACGAUAAGAGUCCGGAAGAGAGACGAUUCCUCGAGAAAUCAUGA